CAGGAGACUGAUAAAGAAACACAUUGAGAACAGCAGAUAGUGUAAAGCUACAAACGGAGAUAAAGCCCUGGAUUUAAAUGCUCCAUCCACAAGCUCUGGAAUAAUAGCUGCACCAAGUGACAAAAAGACACAGAAAUAGGUGGAGGGAAUCGCCGAGAAGAUGGAUGUACAGACAGAAAACACGGACCCCCCGCCUAAUGAAUCGCAGCCAACUGGAAAAAUCAGAAAAGGAUUCAAGCUGUUUGGAAAACGUAAGCCAGGUAACAUAUUUUCCAUCAGAAGCAAAGGGGACGGCAACAACAAGUCUCCUGUUAUCAGGAGUAAAACCUCUGAGGGAUUAUCUGAGACUCCUGCACAGGAGUCAGAGCAGGAGCAAGAUAUGGAAAAUGGAAAAGAGGUGAAACAAGAAGAUGGGGAGCAGCCAGAGGACGAAACACUCGGUGAAGAUGGCGGUCUGGCUACUGCUACUGCUCCUGGUCGUACCUCCAUCUCUUCAACCAGCUCGGCCAAGUCCCUUAGCUUCUUCUCACUGCUGAGGGGUGGAAGAAGGGGAGUGGGGGACCGCAGAGUCCAAACGGUGUGCCAGCCAGUGGCUCGGCAACGUCGUGGACUAAAAGGCCUCUUUAGCAACGUCAAGCUCCGAUCGAAGGAUAAGGAGAACAAAGAGGAAGCCCCUCCAAGCCCACUUCUCCAGUCAUCCCGCACUAACAGUGUGGAAAUCAUCAAAGAGGACCUGACGCUCACACCCAAAUGCCAGCCUCGCAUUCUGGACAGCCCUGAAACCGAGAGGAGCGAGCCUCUCCAGAGCUCCACAACUCAGAAAAGUUCAGCCACAACCCCGUCAAAGACCCCAGCUCCCCAGGUGACAUCUGUCAAGAAUGUGAGUGUUACAAACGAGCACGUGUCCCCAUUGCUCACCCCAGAACCCCCACUGGUACCUGGUGAUAAGAGCCUGAGCUCACUGCUGGCAGAUAUCUCCUCUCUCCUGACCUUUGACUCAAUCUCAGGGGGUGGAGACAUCAUGGCUGAUGUAGAAGCAGAGUGGGGAAAAGUUAGCAGUGCCCUCAGUGCUGACAUUCCACUACCAUCGCCAUCUCCUUUGUCCAAAUCUACCCUCUCCUCUUCUCCAGUCAGCGCUGCAGCUACAGUUAAAUCCCCCUCUGUAGCAGUUUCUUCUUCAUCUUCCACUACGCCUGCCAGCACACAAGGUAAACAAACUCCUGCUCCUACUUCAACAAAACCCUCAACUGUUCCUUCACCAUCAGCUACAUCUUCCACUUCAAAGACAAUUCAGUCCACACUGAGCUCCAUCACUACCACAACCACACCUCCUGCAUAUGCAUCGGCCACUGUUGGCAAAGCCUCUUCAUUCAGUCCAAGUUUGACCUCUACAGCUAACAAACUGGCUACAGAGAUCAUGUUGGCUCCUCAAAAUACUGCACCUGUAAGUAAACCUGAUCCUGUGUGUAUUUCACCCUCUGUAUCAACUAAACCUGUACCAGUACCCCACAGCCCUCCCAUUACCAUCACCCAACCUCCCUCUAGUAGUAGUUUUAAUGCGGAAAAGUCGACUUACUCUAAACCCUGUCAAAGUUCAGCUGUGGGAGAAUUUAAAGUCCCCCCCACAUUACCUGCAACAUGUAUGGUUACAACUACAACCUCAUGUUCUGCAACGGUCAUUCCUUCACAGAUCAUGUCUUUCACUACUUCAACCACAACUUUAGGCUCAGCAUCUAUGGCCCUUUCCAAGCCCACCUUGACCACUAACCAUCUGGACCUUCAUAAAACCGUUUCUGAUCCCUGUCCUUAUUCAACCUUUUCUGCUGCAAUUAAAACCCAACCCAGCUCAGCAUCUGUUCCGGCUCCAUGUUCAGCUUCAUUAGCUAAAAUUCCUCCCACCACUAAACCCUCCACAAUAUCACUUUCUUUAGGUAAGAUUCCUCCAGGUCAACCUACAACAGCAGCUGCCCCCACUCAUGUUGCUUCAACAGCAUCACUGACUGCAUUUGCUAUGGAUCCGAUGAAAGUUUCUCCUCAUCAAAUAUCAAUUCCAUCAAAAGAACUUCCUGCUUCAACUCAAAUUGAAGUAUCUCAAUCUAAAGUCUGCCCUGCCCCUCUUAAAGUAGCAGUUUUAGUAUCUAAGGAUCCAUCUGCUCAUGUGAAAAUACAAGAAUCUUCAUCUAAAGUACCUACUUCCCCUGCUAAGAACCCAGCUUCUGUAUCUAAAGACAUGUCAGCUGAUGUGAAAUUGCAGGAGUCUUCAUCUAACGUUCCUACAUUCCCUGCUGAAAUCCCAAGUGUUGUAUCUAAAACAUCUCCUACACCUGCCCAGACCAAAUAUUCUGGAUCUAAAACCCCAGUGACGUCAUCUGUAGAGGCCCACCGCCCUGAAUCUUUCCCAGUUUCUCCACCCAAAGCCACUCCAAUCCUUAUUUCCCAGCCUAAAACACCUGAACCCCAAAUUGCCUCUUGUUCUCUUCCCCCUGUGUCAUGGCAGAUAGAUACGUCGUCCUCUGCUAAGAAUAGGGGUUCUGUGCAGGCAUCAACAGAUAGUCUGGAUGGAGCAGGUGGACAGGGGAGCCAAGGUGUGUCAUCAAAAGCAAAAGAACAACAUCAUGAGUUGCACCCCAAAGAAAAAAGGACACCACCAUCAAAAACAAUGGGUCUUAGUAAAAUACCUGUGGUUGGUGGAGGAAGAGUUGGAAGACUGCCUGUCCGAGAAAGCCAGCAUGAUGACUUGAGCAAGGACCCCACUUCGCCUGUGCUAGAAGAGAAACCCCAUUUCAACUCACAUAAUGCGAGGGGCAAAGAUAAAAUCAGCUCACCUGAGGCAAACACUCCAACCGCAAAACAUGUCCAGGAGGAGUAUCGGCAGCCUCAACAAGCGAAGGUUCUCACAAGUUCAGUGCAUGAUUCAAAGAUCCCUUUCAAGCAUGGCACCCAGUCUCACGCUGCAUCACAGGUCUCACAGACGAAAGAGCCCCCUCGUACAAAGAUCCCUGUGUCCAAGGUGCCCGUCCGCAGGGCUGGUAAUAAACCUGCUGCUACAGGCAGCAGCACACAGAUAAGAAAGUAAAAAAAAAAAAAAAACACUGGACAGAAGCAGCUAAAUGUAAACUAUAAUUUUUAAUCCACAUUUCCAAACUGUAACUCUUUCCCUUUACUUUAACACUAAGAAGUUACAAAGAAAUGAGCCAGGCGCAUUCAAGCACAAAAAACAUCUCUACGAGGGAGCUGGAGCAGCAGCCCGGCUCUUUAGUGCUGAGCCAGACACGCACUCAGGAAUGGUUCGAGGGUCACACCUGAACACUUGGCUGAGGAUCAGCAAGAGAGAAGGACAUCUGCAAUCAUAAAUACACAAACAGGGCGAGUGCCUUCUCAAGGGUGCUUUUCCUACAGACUACAGAUUUUCUUCAGUCUUUUCUACACUGGUUUAACUUUUGUUACUCCCACUUUUUGUAGGAACCUUCCAGACUUUUUUUUGUCUCUCCUUCCAGCUACCAGCCCUUUGUCCUUUUUUUUAAUUUAUGUCAGAUCAGCAUAAAAUGAAUGCAACAAUGAAACUCACAUUCCACACCUCUCUUUGGAUCGAUGUAGCAUAAAAUGUGCCAUUAUUUUUGCACAAGAUAUCGGACUGUACAGCCUGCCUGCUCAUAUGUAACAUUAUAAGAUCCCACUGUAAACUGUUUGUUGUGGUUGGGGAGCGGAAAUCGCCCUUUCCAGUGAAACGGACAGAGGCCAUUAUGAAUGGCAAUGUGGACGUUUAAGCGAGACAGAGGGAGUGGUGAGAUGAGAUCUCCAGCUCGUACACUGGCAUAUGUCUACUUUAAACUCAGUUAUGCUCAGAUGAGAACAAUAUCUCUGUGUAGAGAAGCAUCUGUGUUGUUCUGUUUCUUAUUUAAUCAAUAAAACAACCUGAGUGAGUACUUA